AUGCGGUUUGGCAGCUUAGAAGACAUUUUACAUGAUCGGAGAAAGGCUGGGAUCAAGUUGAAUUGGGCUGCAAGGAGAAAAAUUGCCAUUGGAGCUGCAAGAGGUUUGGCUUUUCUCCACCACAACUGCAACCCCCACAUCAUUCACAGGGACAUGAAGUCAAGUAAUGUCCUGCUUGAUGACAACUUGGAAGCCCGGGUAUCAGAUUUUGGAAUGGCAAGGCUAAUGAGUGCAAUGGAUACCCACCUGAGUGUCAGCACACUUGCAGGCACCCCAGGUUAUGUCCCACCUGAAUACUACCAGAGCUUCAGAUGCUCCACCAAAGGUGAUGUUUACAGCUAUGGUGUGGUCCUCCUUGAGCUACUAACUGGUAAGCAGCCAACAGACUCACCUGACUUUGGUGACAAUAAUCUAGUGGGUUGGGUGAAGCAGCAUGCGAAGUUGAAAAUAAGCGAUGUCUUUGACCCUGAGCUCAUGAAAGAGGAUCCAAGCUUGGAGAUGGAGCUACUACAACAUUUAAGGGUUGCGUGUGCAUGCUUGGAUGAUCGACCAUGGCGACGACCCACAAUGAUACAAGUAAUGGCACUGUUCAAGGAAAUUCAAGCAGGGUCAGGCAUUGAUUCCUCCUCCACUGAUGCCACCAAGGAUGGCAGUUUCACAGCAGUGGAGAUGAGCAUAAAGGAGGCUCCAGAGCCAUGCAAGGAGUAG